GCCGGUAAAGUUUCCCGCGCGUAGCUGCCAGCUGCGUUUUGCAAGUCACAAAAGUUAUGACGAGUGCUUGAUUCCAGUGUACCAGUUUGUUCACGACCACCAUGAACACGGCCAGAGUGUACUGCCUCCUCCUCGUGGCGAGCGUGCAGCUGGGCCAGCACGCCGCCAGCGCGCAGGACAAGCGCGCGCCCAUGGGCUUCGUCGGCAUGCGCGGCAAGAAGCUCACCGACCUCGACGACCUCGACAUCUUCAAACGGAAACCGCAGUACCACUUCAUCGGCGUCAAAGGCAAAAAGGAUUACGACUUCGACCAGGAAGUCAAGCGGGCUCCCAUGGGAUUCCUCGGAAUGCGAGGCAAAAAAGAUCCUGAUUCCUAUUUCUUUCCACCCCACUCCUCGUCCGAACUCUACGACGACACUGGGUAUUUCAGAGGCAAAAUAGACUACUCACCGAUACCGAUCCCCGACCAACAUAACCAAUUGCAAAAUUACCAGUUAAAUGAAUUACUGGAGAGGUUGCGUGCGUCCGAAGAAAACGAGGUUUCCAUGCCCGAGUCGGCGGAGGAUGACAUGUCUAACGCGAUAAACAAAAGAGCGGCAAAGAUGAAUCAAUUUUACGGCGUUAGGGGCAAGAAAUCCCAGCCUUUUGAAGCCAACUUUCGAGGCAGAUUUAUUGCGGUGAGGGGUAAAAGGGACAUGAAAAGCAGCGGAGCACAGGAGAUCAAGUUUUAGUUGGG